AUGGACUGGAGGAAGGUGAAAGCGAUGGUGCAAAGCGACAUGACGUUGCAGAGGAACCUUCAGGAGAAAAAUGUCUCCAGGUUGCCCCAAGGCGGUGGAAGAAGCCUGUGGUGGGUGACAGCAACCAAUUCCAGUCCUCCAGAGAAUCAGUCCAGUGACCCAAUGGCUGUCAGAGUGGGUGAUGUGGCCCAUUGGAGGCAAGCAGGGCUUGGGAUAAAGUGGUCUGCCACAAGUCCCAGUGUUGGCGGGUUGGGCGAACGGACCGUGGCCAUUGAUAUGGUGAGCGGCAGCACUCAUCACUGA